UACUCCUUCCUCCACCAGUGUGUCCGAGAUGUCCUGAGAGCCAGGAAGCUCCGUAGUGAGCAGGAGAACCUCUCUACCCCAUCUAUGAGAACUUCAACCCAGACUACUACCGUGAUUUUGUUUACACGGGACGUAAAGACAGUCGGGUCCUCUCCACACAACUGAGUGAGAAUGAAAAGCAGGGAGAAUCUGUUCAGUACCACCAGACCGCCAGUCUGUCACCACUAAAGGACUAUAGACGGGGGUCCUUUAUUUAUGUUUGAUACACUGUUGGUUCAACCUCUCAGGAUGUCUAUUUAAAAUGGAGCAGAUCGACUCUGGAAUAUUGACGUUACGUUCACUCAUACCUGAAUCUUAGGUUGCAUUCAAUGAGAUUUAUGUGAUUAUAUUGUUUUCACCUAAUUGUAAGCGCUUCCAAGAAACAUUAUUUUAAACUCAUGUUAUUUCAAUAUUAGUAAUGUCUGAUGAAAAGACAAAAGGAACUGAUAUAAACGUAGAUAUAAUGAUUCUUAUUCAACGUAACAGAAGAAAAAAGAUGAAUGAAA